AUGUCCGUUAACGCUUUCCAGAGUCCAUCUGGGCUGCCAGCCCCUCCACCACCCGCGGCCAGCCCACCCAGCUCUCCUCCGAUUCUAAAGGCGAACGUCUCGCCUACGCGGUAUGCCAACAAAUCCAUCUUCCUCCGCUCGAUCGACGACCCCGCCGUCGCCCGCCAAUACACCGAACACAAAGCCCCCACAACCGUCGCCCGCUUCGCCCCCUCAGGCUUCUAUGUCGCCAGCGCCGACGCCACGGGGAUAGUCCGCGUGUGGGACUGCGUCGGCGACGGCAUCACCAAGGGUGAAUACAGCAUCGUCAACGGCCGCAUCAACGACCUCGCAUGGGACGGCGACUCCCAGCGCAUCAUCGCUGUCGGCGACGGCAAGCAGCGCUACGGUCACUGUAUCUCGUGGGAUAGCGGCAACACCGUCGGCGAGAUCUACGGCCAUACCCAGCAGAUUAACUCCGUCUCGAUCCGUCAGCAGCGCCCGCUGCGCGCUGCGGCUGCUGGGGAUGAUAAGAAUCUUGUGUUCUACCAUGGCGCACCGUUUAAGUUUAACUCGGGUAUUCGUGAUAAGCAUACCAACUAUAUCUAUGGGGUUGGGUUUGGCCCUGAUGGGUCGACGCUUGUUAGUGUUGGUGCGGACCGGAAGAUCUGGCUUUAUGAUGGCAAGACGGGCGAGACGAAGGGCCAGAUUGGGGAGAAUGAGCACAAGGGCAGUAUUCUGGGCGUGUCGUGGUGUCGCGACUCGCGCAAGUUCGUCACUGCCAGUGCGGACCGGACUGUCAAGAUCUGGGACGUGGAGGCCGGCAAGGCCUCGCAGACCUGGCAUAUCGGCGGAGAAGGCAGCACGAAUGUGCGCGACCAGCAGGUCGGCGUGGUGUGGCCGCCCGGCCGCAGCGACAACCUGCUGAUUAGUCUGUCGCUGAGCGGCGACCUGAACUACCUGGUGGAGGGGACGCCCGAGCCGCGACAGGUCGUGCAGGGCCAUCAGAAGAACAUCACCUCGAUGACCCGGUCCAAGCCCGACGGCGGCGACGAAACCCUGUGGACUGGCAGCUUUGACGGCCGCGUCUGCAGCUGGGACGUGUCCAAGGGGUCGGCCGACGAGGUCGACGGCGAUAGCCAUCCGUCGUACAUUGCCGGCCUGACCCCUACCCCGGAGGGGACUGGCCGAAUCUACAGUGUCGCCUGGGACGACACCCUCCGGUCGGUGGACGUCGGGGCCAAGACAUACACCGGCAGCGCUUCCAAGCUGUCGGGGCAACCCAAGGGCAUCGCCGCCGGCAACACGACGGUGGUAGUCGGCUCCGCCGAGAACGUCGAGAUCUACCAGGACGGGCAGAAGACGGGCGAAUACAAACCGCAGACCACGGUCACGACCGUCGCGGCGCAUGGAGACACCGCCGCCGUGGGAGGCGAGGACGCGACGGUCCAGAUCUGCAGCAUCUCGGCUUCCAGCCUGACCCCCAAGACCGACAUCAAGUGUUCGCGCAACCCCAUCUCGGCGUUGGCGUUCUCGCCCGAUGGCUCCCUGCUGGCAGUGGGCGACUCCCGCGGACGCGUCCUCGUGUACAAGGUGGCCGAUGGCAGUCUGGUCACGGACCGCUGGACGGCGCACACCUCCCGGAUUACCUCCAUCGCGUGGAACGACGAUGGCACUCACGUUGUGAGCGGUGCCCUCGACACGAACAUUUUUGUGUGGAGCCUGGCUAGCCCGGGUGACUGGCUGCAGGUAUCCAACGCCCACAAGGAGGGCGUCAACGGCGUGGCGUGGAUUCAGGGAGGGUCGAAGAUCGCUUCUGCUGGUGCGGAUGCGGCGGUCAAGUUGCGCCAAGCGACCUUCGUCUUACCCAGAACCGGACAGCGCCUAAAAGGCCUCAUAAACCUACGCAGCUCGACCGCUGCCUCAAGCCAGAGCGGCAGCAAUGAAGAGCGCCGUGGGUUACUAUCGGGGGUGGUCCGGGGCCGCCACGAAAGGUGGAAGUCGCGUAUACGGGGGAAGAUUCUAUACUGGGGUUACUCGGUGCGGGAUUUCGUCGCGUCGGAGCAGGGCAUCGGGGUGCUGAAAUGCAGUCUGGCCUAUCUCCUCGGGUCCCUGGCGACCUUUGUGCCGCUGCUGUCAGCGGCACUGGGAAACCAGGAUGGGAAACAUGUUGUCGCGACCGUUACGGUGUAUUUCCACCCCGCGAGGUCGCAGGGCAGUAUGUAUAAGGCUUUGAUUUGUGCCUUUCUGGCCUUUCUCUACGCGGCGUUUGUUUCCCUUACGAGUAUGUGUGUCUCUAUGUUCUUUCAGGAUACGCUGAAUCUGCUUCCGGUCGGCCAUGCUGUUGUUUUGAUUGUGUUCUGCGGCGGCGGCCUGGGGUUUAUCGGAUGGACGAAGCAGAGACUGGGAGACCCGCUCGUCAACGUCGCGUGCUCGCUCGCGUCGCUGUCGACCAUCACGGUGCUGACCAAGGAAGGCGCCGUGCAGAGCGGGGACCUGUCCCUGGCAAAGAUAUUACAAGUCCUGAAGAUGGUCAGCAUGGGCGUCACCGCCACCAUGGCCGUGUCGUUUCUGAUCUUCCCUAUUUCGGCGCGCAAACAGCUGCGCUCGAAUCUCACUACUACUACCGAAACGCUGGCGACUAUGCUCGCGCUGAUCACGCAGAGCUUCCUCAGCGGCUCCGAGGAGGAGCUUCAGACGGAAGAGUUCACCAGCCUCGCCGCGCGCCAUAAGAAAGCGUAUAAUCAGCUGGACAAGCUCAUCAAGGAAGCUAAAUUGGAACACUAUGUCGCUGGCACGGAGAGGGAGUAUCGGUUGGAGAAGAAACUUGUCCGCUGGGUUCAGGAUAUCACGCACAACAUGGGUGGCCUGCGCAGUGCUGCCCUCUUGCAGUUUCAACUGCUGAAUCAGACGAAGCUUACCGAGGCGUCUCGGACAAGCGGUCAACUGAUCCCGGUGGAUGGGAAUAGCGUGAGUGUGCUGCCGAGUCCGUUUUCAUUAGAUGAUGACCGGCCGCUGCUGGAGCCGAUUGAUGAAAGGCCUGAAGAGGAGGAGGUCGAGGGGAGGUCGGGCUCCAGCAGAGGCAGUCCCGGUUUCACUACGAUGCAUAGUUAUGUCGAGCCGGAGACCGACCAGGGCCUUCUUCCGGCUGAUAUAUUUGCCCUGUUCAUUGACCAUUUGGGGCCUUCUAUGCGCUCACUGGCUUUUACCUUGAAAGAGAUCUUCAGGGAAAUCCCGUUUCAACAUGCACCUGACCGCGGCGUCUCUAUUAAUACUCGAUUUCGCACUAGUCUGGACCGCGCGCUUGAACUCUACCAGAAUGCCCGAGAAGAGGCACUGGAGACUAUCUAUCGGCAGAAGGAUGUUUUGAAGAUCAAGACACUCGAGGUAGAAGCUGAUCUCGAGGAGGUCUCCGCCAGUUGCGGGCACUUCAGUUUCUCUCUGCUGGAGUUUGGAAAGCAGCUGAAGGAGUUGCUGGCUAUCCUAGACGAAUUACAACUUGAGGGAGAGGAGAGGCCUAACGGGCGGUCUUGGAACUGGCUGAAAUUCUGGCGUCGGGGAGAGAGUGAACCCAGGAGUGACACUAUGGAUGCGGAACAGCCAGCCGUUGAAGCUGACAUUGCCAGAGGCGGCUCUCGUCCCCGAUUAGACGUCCUCAGCCCCCGAGAGACGCAGAACAGACUUUCCGAUCUUGCUGCAUCUGCCGGGAAGUCCGGCAAAGGAAGAAUCGGCUAUCGCAUCUGGAAGUCUCUUGAGUUCUUCCGGCGUGACGACACGAAAUUUGCGAUCAAAGUCGGCACGGGAGCCGCCCUUUUUGCGGUCCCUUCGUUUAUCAACUCUACCCGGCCGUUUUAUUCACACUGGCGAGGCGAGUGGGGCCUAUUGUCCUACAUGCUGGUCUGUUCGAUGACAAUCGGAGCAUCGAAUACGACGGGGUACUCCCGUUUCCUCGGUACCUGCCUGGGGGCGCUCUGCGCCAUCCUGGCAUGGCUCGUGACGGACGGCAACGUCUUUGGACUCGCCUUCUUGGGUCUGCUCAUGGCUACUUGGACGUCAUACCUCAUCCUCAUAAAGGGACAAGGCCCGAUGGGCCGAUUCAUCAUGCUCACUUACAAUCUGUCCGUCUUGUAUGCCUACUUGCUUACCCAGAAGAACGGCAACAACGACCAGGACGAGGGCGGCGAAUCCCCGGUCAUCACCGAGAUCGCUCUCCAUCGCGUGGCCGCCGUUCUCUCCGGCUGCAUCUGGGGCAUUAUCAUCACGCGGGUGAUCUGGCCCAUCAGCGCGCGAGAUAGGCUCAAGGAUGGGCUGAGCCUGCUGUGGUUGCGCAUGAGUCUGAUCUGGAAACGCGGCCCGCUCUCGACGAUGGAAGACACGUCUGAGCCGGCGGGCUUCAUGAACGCCCGCGAGAAGCUGGAGAUCGAGCGGUUUCUGUCGCGGCUGGAGGCUCUUCAGGCGUCUGCGUCGUCGGAGUUCGAGCUGCGCAGUGCGUUCCCUGAUGAUGCGUAUGGUAAUAUCCUCCGUCGUACGAGGAGCAUGGUCGACUUGUUUCUCGCUAUUAACCUCGAGCUGGUUAAGAAUAUUACGGCGUCGGAAGGGGAGCUUGCUAUUCUUCAGUACACGGUGAAGGAACGACGGCAGUUGUCGUCGCGCAUUAGUCACUUGUUGUCUGUCAUGGCUUCGUCGAUGAAGCUUGAAUACCCUCUGAGCGACGUUCUCCCCAGUGUGGAGCAUGCCAGGGAUCGUCUUCUGGCACGGUUGUUUCGUUAUCGCAAGGAUCGGACAGCGUCUCGUCUGUCUACGGAUGAGGACUACGCCUUGCUGUAUGCGUAUAUUCUUAUUGAUCCGGCUGCCCUGAGUCGGAAUGACUCCGGGUCCGCCACGAUCGCUUCCUCCAAACCGACGGCCCCCAAUGCCUCCGCGACCCAGAAGUCUACCAAGGCUCUCAUCUCCGUCCCGCGACUGGACCUCGAACCCAUUUACACGGAGCUCAAGGCCGCAAUCGGCGACAGCUGGGCCGAGUACAAGGAAGCCACCACCCUCUUUCUCCUCGGGCAAUUAAAUCAAAACGAGCUGGCCUCGCGCGUCGACCAUAUCAUUUGCGCCGACCAGAAGACCGAACACCUUCAUAAUAACUUCAUCUGCGCGAUCAUCGGUAACCUUACGAGAGACCUUCCGGAUCAUGGAGUCGCCAGCUGGGUGUCCGCCAACGAUAAACCGUCGGUCGUGUCCAAGCCGACGUCGGGAGAUGCCGCGGAGCAGAGGCUGAAGACGGAGGUGAUGCAGCUGCCUCCGCGGGACCGUCGACGGAUUAAAUCAAUUCCUGAGCGCGACCCGAGCGACACGGCCUUGAAUGAACUGGAGGAAUACCAACGGGCGAAGCAGAUCAAGCUGCCGAGCCAAGUCCCAGCGAGUGCAGGCGGCCUGAACAAGACGAACUGGGAAUUGGAGAUUCGAAAACGCUAUGCGCAACCCUUGGCUUCGGAAACCGGCGAGUUUCCAGACGCCGAAUCCAUCUACGCGCGCAUGACACCCAUCUGCUACGAGGAGUCGGUAGUAAGCGGGGCCGGCUUUCCCUGCGCCGAAGUCAUGGCGAUUGCCACGGAGACCUUCGUGAAGGAAGUGCUAUCGGUUGUCUUCUCUCGAACAAGGUCCAACGGCCCCUCGGGCACCAUCAACGGCAUGAUGAUGCGGAAAUACCGACAACAACUCGAGCAAGAAGAGCUAUCGUUUACGCGCGGGGAGAUCGUCAAAGACGGCGCUACCGGCUUGCUUCCCGUAGAAGCCAAGGAGGCCAGCGUCCGAAAACCCCUGGGGGUUCGCGAUCUCCGACUGGCGCUGGAGAUUGGAAGCGGUGUCCUCAGCCAUAUGCCCCUGAUCGUGGACCAGAUCAUGGGCGGAUACCUCGAGGACGAACUGGAGACGGAUCGACAGGACCGGGGGGAUGAGCCCACGGUGGAUAUCAACAACAACAACCGCGCCGAUUCGAGACCGAACAACCACCAUUCGGAUGAGAUGGACGUGGAUGAUUCGGAAGAGGACUGGGAGGGGGGCACGAUGGCUGAUCGCGAUCAGUUAGGGUCGUUACUUGACGAGUGCCUUUCUAUUGCUUCGUGACCUUUCUUCCUCCUUUUUCUUUCUCUCUCUUUCUUUCUUUUUUGUUUCUCUCUUCAACACCAUUAUUCCCCUCGGUUUGUUUUUAUUUUGUGCGCCUCUUCCUCCCUCUCUCCCUCCCUCUCUCCCUCCCUCCCUCCCUUUUUCCUUUACCUUACAUCUAUCCUGUUCAGGGACCAAACGAAAGACUGCCAGCAUUUCCAGUCUGGUGUGCGCGGGGAUAUAGCCAUCUAUGGCUUGGGUUUCUUUCUUCCCUCCUUUCAUUUUUUCCUGCAAAAAGGCGUCUCGGGAGUAAUAGCGGACAGACAGAAUUGGGUUGGUUGGAUUGCCGUCAUUGAAGAUGGCAUAUUGACUUGACUGGGCUUGGCUUGGCUUGUAUAUUGCAUAUGGCAGGGUGUUAACUUAUUAUUGAAAGUGUGAUACUUCCUUUCUCAUCUUUGUCUUUAUUUUAC